AUGGCUUCACGAACUUUAGCCAGUAAAAUUCUUAUGACUUCUCUGGAAGUGAGUUUAUCCCUGGUUUCAACGAUCGGCAAUGGAUCCUUCAUCGCAAUUUUUGCACGCUUCAAGAAUCUUCGCAGUUUUCCUAAUAUUCUCUUUGUUAACCUCGCGGCAGUUGACUUUCUCAACGCAGUCAUUAAUAUCCCGCUGCAUGCUUUGAACAACGUCUGGGAACCCAGCUGGAUGAGAGGAAAAACUUUGGUUAUCACUCUAAGCUCAUUACACCUGGAAUUUACUUUACUUAACAUGGUUUCCAUGUUUGCAAUUAUGCUGGACAGGUUCGGGGCACUAUACCUUGAUCUUAAGUACUAUACAUGGAAGACAACAAGGAAAGCUUAUGCAGCUGUGGUCAUUGUUUGGCUGAUCUGUACAGUACCCGUUGCUUUAUCGACGAUCCCUUUGCUGCAAAUGGAUUUGGAAGCUGACAAAACGUUUGCGGAGUCUCGAGGGAAAGUUUUCCAACACAGGAAAAAUGCUGUGGCAUCUACCAUGGCAUUCUUCAUGGCAGCCUCGACAGCCCUUGGCGUUUUAACUGGUAACACUAUUCACCAAAAAAAGAAACAGGUAGGAAAUAAAUUGAUGUCCAUUUUUUUUUUUACCUCUAAAACAUAACCUAUUGACAGUGCUUCAGGGAAGUUUUCUCUAAAAAUGUCAACUCUUUCUCAGAAAUGAUUUUAUGAAAGAAAAGAAAGCGUGUGAAACUAUAUGUCGGUUUCAGGUGUUAUAUAAUAUUGCGGUUAAGACAUUUCUCGUGUUUUGAGAAAACAAAAUUUUUCGAUUGCUUGAGACUGCUUUAACUUCCUUGAGACCAAAAUUUUCGCGAUUUUAAGCAAGCUGCACGCAACCGUUUUACAGGUGGUUAUUAAAUUCGAGCAAAAAAUACAUGAACAGUGGAAACAACAUCCAGUGUAUUGCCCCAUUUAAGGUAAUCAAAGACACCUAAUCAUAAUUCCGCGCUGAGAAUCCUGGAUUCCAGGGAAUGGUUUCUUGAUUUUCAGUAGAACUUGGAAUCCAGAUUCCAACCAUUAGCGAGAUUCCGGAUUCCCUAUGCUGAAUUUCCAAUUCCAAAGCCCAGGAUUCCGGAUUCCACAAGUCCUUCCUUUGGAAAAAGGAUAGCUUUUAAUUUCAAAGGAAUUUCUCUUUGAAAUUCUUAGUUCAUCCUUAACUCAAUAGUACAAGUAGAGCCAAUUUACCAUUAGUUUUAUAACACAAGUGAGAGAAAAAUAACUUUGUUAACAGACUCAACAGGAUGUAGGGUAAUGGCGUGAGUUUUGUUAUGUUCGCACACUAGGGUGUGGAUUUAAUAGAGCCGAAAACAACUGUGGGAUUGCCAGCAUUUUAUGAGUUUGGUAUCCUACUGAUGAACGGUAGCAUGACCUUAGGGAGCAGGGAAAGCAGAUAGUAUAUGCCAAAUUGACCAAUCAGAGCGCGCGCUUUACUUUUUUUUUUCUUUUCUAAUAGAGAACGCGGUUAAACUUGCCGCCGCCCCAAGUCAACAGUCGACUAAAGCAGGAUAUAAAAGCCACCAUGACUGUCGCCUUGGCUGUGGUAACAUACUUUAUCUGCUACGCACCGGCACUCGCUUUGGCAAUCUGGAAAAAGGAGUACGGCAUGCAUAACGAUUGGGUCACCUUUCUGGUUGGUUUCUGCACGUUUAUUUCAAGCGCUUCUAACCCUAUCAUCUACGUAUUACGAAACAAGAGAUACCGCGACGCCAUCAGACAACUGGUAAAAGAUCCCUUUGGAAGCAGCCCGUUUAAAGAGAUGCCCGCAAAAAUUAAGCAAAAGGAGCAGAGCCAUCCUGGACCUGGAAUGAAGAAAAGGGAAGGCGGAGAGCCAGGAACAUGCUCAGGAUAUGGGGAAAAUCUGGAAAAUGAAGCUGGAGUCAUUGAAAAUGCUUCGUCCCAUGACAUGGCCCAAGAGGACAGAAUUGUGAAAAUUGCUUGGGAGUUAGACGAAGAGGAAAGCAGCUGUGAUCAAGCUUGUCAACAUGGGUUAGAGGUAGUCGAAGCCGAUCAACAAGAAGACAGUUUACCCGCAGAAGAAGAUUGUCAAGAAGGCUGUUCCAAGAUGGCGGUCAUUGACAAUCCACAGGUGACACUCAUGUGA